AUGAGAGCUCAGUUUAGGACUCUAGAGAGAGAAGCUCGUUUCCAAAACCCACCCGCUGACAAGUCAGCCUACCCUUUCCUAGCGGAUGCCGUUGCUCCACACAUUGGAUCGUUCAACGCCUUGACUUCAGGUCCUGGUGGUGGAUUACUUAAUCUUGGUGUUCAAGACAUCGGUACCAAAACCAUCUUCGAUACUGCAGAAACAAGCGAUCGAUUGGGUAACAAGUUGCAGAUCCGGGUCGAGUCUGUCCAGUUGGCCAAGCCGACCGUCCCUGCCACCGACAAGUUGAGUCUCAACAGAAAGACAUUCCCUAGUGAAUGCAGAGAAAGAAUGAGCACUUACAGAAGUAGAUUGAUGUUGAAAGUCAGCUGGAGCGUCAACGACGGCGAAGAAGUCAGUGAGAUUAGAGAAGCAGGUCAAAUCCCCAUCAUGCUUCAAACCAACAGAUGUCAUUUGGAAAAAUUGUCUCCAAAGCAAUUGGUGGAAGCCAAGGAAGAGAGUGAUGAGUUAGGGGGGUAUUUCAUCGUCAAUGGGAUUGAAAAGUUGAUUAGAAUGUUGAUUGUGCAAAGAAGAAACCAUCCUAUGGCGCUUAUCCGUCCUAGUUUCGGUAAUCGUGGUGCCAGCUAUACCAAGUACGGUAUUCAAAUCAGAUGUGUCAGACCAGAUCAAACUUCUCAAACUAAUGUGUUGCAUUACUUGAAUGACGGAAAUGUCACUUUUAGGUUCUCCUGGAGAAAGAAUGAAUAUUUGGUUCCUGUCACCAUGAUCUUAAAGGCCCUUGUUGAAACCAAUGAUAGAGAAAUCUUUGACGGUAUAGUUGGUAACGAUGUCGACAACUCGUUCUUGACUGAUCGUUUGGAAUUGUUGUUGCGUACUUACAAGAGUUAUAACUUAUACUCCAAGCAAGAAACAUUGGCAUACUUGGGUGACAAGUUUAGAGUUGUGUUUGGUGCCACUCCGGAUGUUUCCGAUAUUGAUGUUGGUAAAGAAGUGUUAAAGAGAAUCGUCCUUGUUCACUUGCCUAACAACACCGACAAGUUUAGAAUGUUGUUGUUUAUGAUCAGAAAGUUGUACUCGUUAGUUGCCGGUGACUGUUCCCCAGAUAAUCCAGAUGCCACCCAACAUCAAGAAGUUCUUCUUGGUGGGUUCCUCUAUGGUAUGAUCAUCAAAGAAAAAAUUGAAGAAUAUUUACAAAACAUCAAGCUUCAAAUUACCUCCGACAUAAACCGUGGUGUUGCCAUCAACUUCAACGACAGAAAGUACAUGACUAGAGUGUUUUCCCGUAUCAACGAAAAUAUUGGUCAGAAAUUGCAAUACUUUUUAUCCACAGGUAACUUGGUCUCCCAGUCCGGUCUCGAUUUGCAACAAGUGUCCGGUUAUACCGUUGUUGCUGAAAAGAUUAACUUCUACCGUUUCAUCUCCCAUUUCAGAAUGGUCCAUCGUGGUUCUUUCUUUGCCGAAUUGAAAACCACCACCGUGAGAAAGUUGUUACCAGAAUCAUGGGGGUUCUUGUGUCCUGUCCAUACUCCUGAUGGUUCUCCAUGUGGGUUAUUGAACCAUUUAGCCCAUAAAUGUAAGAUUGCCACUGAAGACUCCGAUGUCAGUCAAGUUACCUCAGCAUUAGCCCAAUUAGGUAUUUCACCAGCUGACUCAUUCGCUGCUGGUCCAAACUUGUGUUGUGUUCAAUUAGACGGGAAGAUUGUCGGUUGGACCACCCACGAACAAGGUAAGAUUGUCGCUGACACAUUAAGAUUCUGGAAAGUAGAAGGCUCCCAUGGCUUGCCAUUAGAUUUAGAAAUCGGAUAUGUUCCACCAUCCACCAAAGGUCAAUACCCAGGUUUGUUUAUCUUUGGUGGCCGUUCCCGUAUGAUGAGACCCGUCAAGUACUUGCCUUUGAACAAGCAAGACAUCUUGGGUCCAUUCGAACAAGUAUACAUGAAUGUCGCUGUGACUCCCGAGGAAAUCGAAAACAACAUUCACAGCCAUGUCGAAUUCACCCCAACUAAUAUCUUGUCCAUCUUAGCUAACUUGACCCCAUUUUCAGAUUUUAAUCAAUCACCAAGAAACAUGUACCAAUGUCAAAUGGGUAAGCAAACUAUGGGUACCCCAGGUACUGCUCUUGUCCACCGUUCUGACAACAAGUUGUAUAGAUUGCAAACGGGACAAACCCCAAUUGUCAAGGCCAACUUGUACGAUGAUUAUGGGAUGGAUAACUUCCCUAACGGUAUGAACGCCGUUGUUGCCGUCAUUUCUUAUACAGGUUACGAUAUGGAUGAUGCGAUGAUUAUUAACAAGUCUGCAGAUGAAAGAGGGUUUGGGUAUGGUACUGUUUACAAAGUUGAAAAGGUUGACUUGGGACAAUCAAGAAGAAGAGGGGAUCCAAUCACGCAACAUUUUGGGUUUGGUGAUGAUGAAUGGCCCGAGACCUGGAAGGAGAAAUUGGACGAUGAUGGGUUGCCAUUGAUUGGUGUCAAGGUUGAAGAAGGUGAUCCAAUUGUUGCCUAUUACGAUGAUACCUUAGGUAAGACCAAGGUCAAGACCUACCACUCCCUGGAACCAGCAUACAUUGAAGAAGUCAAGUUGCUUGGAGAUGACACUGGGGAUCAAGAAGGGCAAAUGUUAACCAUCAAGUAUAGAAUCACCAGAGCUCCUUUGAUUGGGGACAAGUUCAGUUCCAGACACGGACAAAAGGGUGUCUGUUCAAGAAAAUGGCCACAAAUAGACAUGCCAUUCUCCGAAACUGGUAUCCAACCCGAUGUUAUUAUCAACCCACACGCGUUCCCAUCCCGUAUGACCAUUGGUAUGUUUGUCGAAUCUCUUGCUGGUAAAGCCGGGGCCUUGCAUGGUAUUGCCCAAGACUCGACUCCAUGGAAGUUCAGUGAAGAUGAUACUCCAGCUGACUAUUUCGGUGAACAAUUGAGACAAGCUGGUUACAACUACCACGGUAACGAACCAAUGUAUUCUGGUGCUACUGGUGAAGAAUUGCGUGCUGAUAUAUAUAUUGGAUGUGUCUAUUAUCAAAGAUUGAGACAUAUGGUCAACGAUAAGUUCCAAGUCAGAUCUACUGGUCCUGUCAACUCGUUGACCAUGCAACCAGUCAAGGGUAGAAAGAGAAGUGGUGGUAUCAGAGUAGGUGAGAUGGAAAGAGAUGCGUUGAUUGGUCACGGUACCGCGUUCUUGUUGCAAGAUAGAUUGUUGAAUUGUUCCGAUUAUACCCAAACUCCAAUCUGUCGUAGCUGUGGUAGUAUCUUGACUACCCAAACCACUGUGCCUAGAAUCGGUACUAUGGCCAGUGUCAGAUGUAGAAGAUGUGCUGUCAAGUUGGACAGUUAUCAAGGAUUUGCUGCUGAUGCUGACAUUUGGGAAGAUGGCCAGGGUAAGAAGUUUGUGGGUGGUGAUGAUACCACUACUGUUGCUAUUCCAUUUGUGUUGAAAUACUUGGAUUCUGAGUUGUCAGCCAUGGGUAUUAAGAUGAGGUAUAACGUGGAGCCUCGCUAA